AUGAUAAUCAAUGGCCGUUGCUCUCGGGGCCACGGACUCAGUGCCGACGCACCUAUGUGUGUCGGUUCCCAGUUGUCUGUACAGAGCUGGCUCGCCAUCACUGGCAUCCAAUUUUCGCUUCUCAGCACCAUAUUGCUGCCCCGCAUCUCAUCAAUAACACUUUCCAAGUGUUUUACAAAAGCUGUCGAAACCACAGGAAUGCGACUGGAUCGUCUGCUUAACUCCCUCUCAUCAGCCCCGCUCUCCGCUCAACUUCGGGGAUCGAAGAAGGCCAUCCAACUCCGAUGUCUAGCCUUUCUGCUUGCAGCACUCGUGAGCAUUCUCUAUAAGUUCUCCUUCGUCACCGUCGAUGCAAAGGGUAUGCUCGCGAUUCCAAAAGGGCAGACCUACUACAAUUAUAACUCUGACGGUUAUCCUGAUGCCGACACCAGCUAUACUGAAAUCGGCGAGUCGGACAUGCCCCGAGAGUACAACUAUGCUUUGGGGGAAGGGGUCCCGUCUACCAUACUCUCAACAAACCUCAUUGACUUCAUCACUGUCAACAAUGGGUCCGUGAUUGUCGUGAGCGACCCAGGCAUGGCCUUUGAGCAUAGGGUUACUACCGAUCUAAUUGUAGGGCCAAAGGUGAAUGCGACGCGAGUGGCAAGAGUUAUCAAUGGGACUGUGCAAUCAUGUAGCCCCUUAUUGUACCUUCGGAGCUCGUUCUAUGUCCUGCGCUCAAUUGGUGACUUUGAUGCUAUCAAGUGGCCUCUUGUUAAGUCAACGCCAUACAACAACGGGGUACGAAUCGAUUAUACCCCUUGGAACUCAACCACAUUUAAUGGGGGCAUCAUGGACAUUACCUCCUUGGCCAAUGGAUCAAUGCAGGCGUGGGCCGUCCAGCAUCCACUUGCCUUCCAGCGACAAGCGGGCAAUGAGGGCAUCUACGACUACAGAGUUACCGUUGAUACGCGAUACUGCUACGGUUAUAUUAGCUGGUCAAACUCGGUUACUUACGGUCAUUUUGAAAUAGAGGAGCCAACCGACAUUCAAUGCCAGGUUUCCCCUUUCAAUGUGGCUACAUGGAACAAGACACAGUGGGCAUUCAACGCAAAAACGUUCAUGCAGGCAGCCCUUGCUGGAAAGACUAUUGACGACAGUUUCUGGAUGACUGCGCUGCCCAUAAUUCCAAUCGUUAGUGAUCACUCAUCUAUCCACAGAGAGUUUGGCCCGCCGACAGAGAGGAAUCCACGGUGUAGCACCAUCGCUUCAGACUCAUUCGCGGUUUCUGAGGGUAUAAUAAGGGCAUCGAGGACGGGCAUGACGGCUUUGGGAAUAGCGCUGCAGGGGCUGGCAAUCGUGGCAGCCAUUGUGGCCCUGUGCUUGAUUAUGUGGCCAAGACUGCCACUACUUACAGAGUGGCCUGCACAGUGGCUUGCCUUGGCAGAAGGUUUGGAUCACUCUGUAGUAAAGGAAGCUGUCAAAGGAGGGGUAACAGUAUCUAGUGUUGAGUCCAGCGCUAUUGUGUUUCUGUCAUUAUCCCAAGGAGAGAGCAACGAGUUGCGCCUAUUAGGUGUCAGGUCAUAG